AUACCGUAUCAGGAGCCGUUACCGAUUGAGUAUCGCAAUUUUGCAGCCUUGGAUGAAGUGCAGGAUGGUGGAGCAAUAUAUUAUGGCGGAUCAGUUGAACUCGCAGAUUAUUGCCCCUAUAACCAGUGUACUUUUCACGGGCGGGUGUGGUUUAGCGGCAAGUGGCGUCGCUCUGAUGUGGAAAAUCAAAGUUUCGACUUCACCGGUAUGAUAGCUAACCCCUCGCCAAAUUCAACGGAACGCCGUGACAGUCGUUGCGAAUUGGAUGGCAAUUUUGCGCCGAAUCAUGUGAAUUCAAUCCUGGAAGUAUAUGGUAAUCAGUCAAAAUGCUUCGAUCUUGCAACUUUAUGGACAGAGCGAAAAUGUGGCCGUAUUCGGACGUUUCUCCAAUAUAAAGCGGGUUGUUAUCAGCUAAUCAAUGGCUGGCUACGCGAAGGAGUGAUCAUUUGUCCACCAUGCGAAGAGCUCUGUCAUCCAGAGGAUUUUCCUUCGUCUGAAAAAUUUGCCUACUGUCGUGAAACGAAAAGCGAUGAGAUUCCGGAAUAUGUUGGCGAUCCGGCGAUGGAUGAGCCCUGUGCCGCUUCCAUUCCUUAUAGCAGUGGCUUUAAUCUUUGCUCGGCCGGCAAUGCACCGUUCGCGUGGGACGAUGCUGAUGUCUCGGGUUCGAACCCAGCCAGUGUCCGCGCCGUCCCCAGUGGCUUAGUGGCAGUGUGCCUGUUCAGUGCACCGGAGCUCCCAGGUUCCACUUCUGCCACUGGCCCGCAGUGCACAGAUGGCGCAGCGGAAAAACUGCCCGUUUACGGCGCUGCCGUCGCGAGUUCGAUUCCUGGCUCUGCCAUUUAUGUGGAAAGCACCGUCUCAAAGAUUCGUGUUCGGGGCGCAGCGCAAAAUUUUUGGUACCCGACCGGCGAUGCACCGUUCGCGUACCACGAUGCUGGUGUCUCGGGUUCGAACGCGGCCGGUGUCCGCGCUGUCCCCGGUGGCCUAGUGGCAGUGUGCCUGUUUAGUACACCGGAGCUCCCAGGUUCCACUUCUGCCACUGGCCCGCACUGCACAGAUGGCGCAGCGGAAAAUCUGCCCGUUUACGGCGCUGCCGUCGCGAGUUCGGAUCCCAACUGA